UGUAGGUGUUCUCAUCACGAGGAAAUGUUCAAGAAUGGGUCAAGGUAUCUCUCCAUUUCUUGUUUGUCUGACAGUAGAAGAAAACAAAAGAAGUACAGACUCUGUCAGUAAAUGACCUUUCUGCUCAUGUAUGCAUGCAUGCGCAUGCUUAGCUUAUCAAUAACUUAAUUUUAAGACAGUUUGAAAAAUCUAACAAUAUUAUGCUCAGUUUUUACACACCUAAGUUAUUACCGGUACCAUGCCACGUACAAUACAGUGUUUCAAAAAGCCGGCGAAUAUUGCCGGAACUCCGGGAGGUGUUAUGAGGUUUACUGCCGAUUAGUCCUUUAAAUUGACCCAUUCAGUGGCUGCACUCUUCCCCUAACGAAUAAAAUCAUCUGGUGGUAGACAGAGUAAAAUAAUAAAGUUGGGCGCAUCUGGGCACAUUCUCACUCAACUUAAAGGGUUAAACUACAUGUACAGGUAUAUACUGUUCAUUAGACAGAGUAAAAUAAUAAAGUAGGGCGCAUUGCCACUUAAAGGGUUAACAGGGUGCAUGGGCAGAUAGUCUGGUUAAGCCAUUGUGUGGCAGCACUCUCCCCCUGACGAGUAAAAUCAACUGGUGUUAGACAGAGUAAAAUAAUAAAGUAGGGCGCAUCUGGGCACAUUGCCACUCUACACUUAAAGGGUUAAACUACCAUAUUGUAUAUGCUAUGUAUCCAUCUCACUUUUAUUAAGCAAUGGCAAAGGAAUAUCAACAAUAAACUAAUAACGUCAGAUUUGUAAGUUUUAUUAUUGUCUAAAACCCAAGAACUAGCUACAACUACCAAUGCCAUGAAGGAGAAAUAUUUUAUUUUUCUGCUCUUUCAAAUCAGCGUUUAUCCUAUAUUGAUGCCUGCUUAAUAACAGAUAUCCUGUAUACUACAACUGUUGUAAAUUAACACAAAUUGUUAAUAAUAUGUAAUAUUUAAAAUUGCACAUGAAGUGGACGGACUUGAUUGCAUUUUUAACAUCCACAAACUAAGACAUGGAUUUAUACAAAAUGUGUUGUAGAAAUACAUUUAAUAUAUAUGCACUAGCUGGCAAUGAAAUUAAUGUAGAAAUAAUUGUAUUUUAUUCUCACUGUAAAUUAUUUCAGCAAGUUCAAAAGGCAUGUGAUGACUCAGCUAAGGAUAUAUUUGGUGGUAGUGUACGUGAAGUGUUGGGUAGAAGAGAUCUAUAUGUCGACGAUGAUGCUAUCUUAGAAGGUAUGUACAGAGCCACGUGAACUUGUAGCAAAUGCGUGGGCUCUUGGCAAACGAUCUCUAUAGCUCAGUGCAUAUAGCACGUUGCACUAAAAUUGCGAGGUUACAGAUUCAAUUUCUCCCAUAUGAUUUUUGCUCUGUGGUAACUGUUCUUGCAUAAUUUUGCUUUCGUCGAAGUCAUGUUUUUUUCUUAAGUACUCGUCUUAGAAAGUGAAAAAUACCGGUUUAGAGGAGAGAGAAAAUCAAAAUUCCCACAUCAAUGAAAUUCCAAGCGUCCAUCUCGGCAUUCGCAUUUCUGUUUCAUCCAUGUACUGUAGCUUCUUUUCCACUCUCUCAUAAAGUCCAUGUCGUUGAGUCGUGCAUUAUAACUGGUACUUCCCCAAAGUUCUAAAUUUAUCCAGACCUAUAUGUUGUCUUCACUCAGGCCAAGAUUUGAUUGAUUCGUGGAUACAUAAGAAAAAUGUGGAUGAUCUACUGACGGAAUGUGAAAUACAAGAUGAAGUAUCCAACACAUCUUUCUCAGGCUAUAAUAGAGAACUGUCCCGUCAUCAUCAGGAUAGCUCCAGGCUUUUUGAUUCAUCACACAAUUAUUUUAAAGAAGAUGAAACUGAAGUACGAAAACCAGGUAAUUAUAGUAAUAUACACCCUGUUAUUUCCAGUUUUAGAUUGUUUUUAGUGCAAAGUGUACUAUAGGGAUAACACAUAAGUGCAGAUAUAAUUAAAUACUAGUUUCAUAGAGUAAACCUCUUGGGAAUUGUCAUAUUAAUUAUGCUUUUCUCUAUAGCAUUUCUGUGUGUAUUACUAUUUCCCAGCCCCAGGAUAAAAAGGUAUAAUGAAACUUUUGGAAUAUAGAAAUUUUCCGAAAUUAUCCAAAAUAAUUUCGUGUGGUGCAAGUAAAAUAACUUUAACGCAUCGUCAUAUACACUGUACUUGGACUUUUCAUUUUCAUUUGACCUAUGCUUAUCAAUUGAAAGCACAAUAAUUUAUUGUAGUAUUUUUGUGCAGUUUUUUAUUUCCAAAGUUUCAUUGUACCUUUCAUUGUACCUUUCAUUGUACCUGCCUCUAGCAACUUAAUUACAAACAUUGUUAGAAAAGUUACUGGUGUACAUGCAAUAUUUUCUUUUUAUGACAGUGUCUGAUUGUGCACUUUGUACUUGGGAUCUGUGAGUUAAUUUUUUGUUGAUUCUGUACAAGCUGGCGAAGGUUCGUGGCUUGAACGUAAACCUUCUGAUCGCUGGUCGUACGCUAUAUCUUGUUAUAUUAUUUGUACUGAUCAUGUGCGAAAGUUUUACAGAUCGAAGGUUUUGUAGAAUAAAUAAUUGUGGUGUUUUUUCACAAAAAUCAAGUGCACUUUGUUAUAUUUUUUCCCAGUAUUUGAGUUGGACGAUGACUUCGAUGAAGAAAGUGCAGUUCAUGAAGUUGUUUACAAUAUGUUGGAACGGGAUGUGGUUGAUUUAAAUUCUGUAAAUGAUGAAUUAAUGUUCAAGGCCAAGACAAAGAAAUUUAAAGAUCCAACACCCAAAAUGAAGUUAAGACAUGAACAGGUGAACUUUUAUUCGAAUAAAUGCGUGUAAAGAUGUCACAUUUCAAACUUCGCCAUAAACUGAUGAACAGGAAUAGUGGCGUCAGCAGUCGUUUUCAUACGCCACGAUAACAAUCUUAUACGACUGGUCGUAUCGUGUAGAUGGGCCUUUAGGUGCUAUAUUUUUACAUCAAUUUUGUACUUUAAAUUUAUAAACCUACAGCAACCAUUUUCUAUUUUUUUCACUCGGUUUUUCUGUUUCACUCAAGCAUGAAUAAUUCCAGGUCUUAAAUUCAAAUUUCAAAACUGGGUGUAGGACUUGAAUUCAAAAGCAUUUUUAUAAGUAGUGCGCAGAAUGCCGUGUAGUUUCUUAGUUUUAAUGAGCAAUAGCCAAAUGCUUCAAUUUUUCGUUCACAAAAUAAGUUACUAUCGAUUUGGUAUUGCAUCACAAAAUUUCCACUUAAAAUAAUAUUUUUCUUGGACCAAUAGUUUCAAUUAAAUUUCAAAAGUAGCCAACCGUUGAAUAGCUAAAUGACUAUGACUUAAAAUUAUUGCAAACAUAAAUGGUUUGCUUUAUUAUUCUAUUCGAAAUUUACGUUUUAAUCUAGGAUCCGUUUUUUAUUGCGACUCAAGAUCAUCACUGUUAAAAACACUAGAUCGAACUGUCGAAACGUUGGGUCGUGAAUGUAAUUCAACCAGGGAUUGCAUUUGUUUACUUAAGCCAGACAAGAGAGGGGAACAUACAGUAUGGUACAGGGAAUUUCUAUAUCUAUAACUUGUUGUAGGUGAAGAAAAGAGCAAGUCAAAGAAAAGUUGCGUGGGAAAAAGCAAAUUUAAAGAAGAUGAAUGAAAAAACUGUGGAGGAGGAAGCUCGGAAACAAUUACAACGUGAAGAGAAACAACGUUUGGAUAAUAUCAAACGAGAAGAAGAUGAAAUACGAAAAGAAAUGGUAAAAAUAAGACGAGUGAUGCAAGAGGAGAAUACACAGCGUACUAAACACUAUACUCGGUAAUGUAUCGUAUAGUCGAGAUGUCUAUACAUGUAUGAAAUGUAAAUGAGUAUUCCUAAUGUAACCAAUGCGACUGCAGCAAGUUAUACGUUUCCUGGUGUCCUACGUUACUGUUAGUAGAAAUUAAAAUCAGUGCAAAGCGUAAACAACCUGUCCUACGGCUACGUUUAAUUAACGUUUUUAAAUUACUUGUAGCUUCCAAAUGACCCCGAAUUACUUGAUGAGGUCACUUUAUGAGUGCUUUUUACUGCCAGAAUAUAUGUGUCCUGGUUGGGAUGCCAUAUUAAUUAAGACAUUCUAUAAAUGUUACAAGGGAUAUCCAUUCCACAUGUACGACGAGUUUUAUAGAAAUGACUCGCUAUGUUCUAUAACUUGAGCCAGCCAUGAACGCUAUAAUGAUUCCAAACUGCUGAGGACUGCAAACAACACAAACUUCUUUAAAGAACUGGAGUAACUGGCCUAUCAUUUUUUACAUGUAGGGUAGCAGAGAGCGAAGAAAAGGUGAAUAAACUUGCGAAGGAAGAAGUUCGCAAACAUCAGGAAGAAACUGAAGAAAAAUUUAGACGAGAAAGUGGAACAAAAGAAACAAUGAAGAAAAGGUUACUGAAACAACAGGAGGAAGACAAGAUAAGAAAACAGGAAAAUCUGAAGGUAUAUUUGUUGUUUUUUUCAUGUUGAGUAGUGGACACUUUGUUUGGUUGUAAAUUUUGAUUGCCAACAUAUUCCAACCCUACAUCCGGAGAGAAACUUGCGCUUGCUAUCAUGAUCGUAACUUGACCUAGAGAAGUUUUAAGUUACAUCAAUGCAAACAGAAAAGUCCAUCUCUUACUCCAUGUGCAUCUUGGGAUAGUGCAUGCCUGUUGGUUAAUUUUGCUUGUAUGCUGUAUACAUGCACCUAAUCGCAUAUAAUCUGAAAUGAUAAUCAUGUUUUAAAGCUGGUUCUAUUCAUGAUAUGAUAUUUGUAUAGGUAAUAAUAGCAUGGUUUGAACAACUUGCACGAGUGAGAUUUUCAAAGGCGAUCAAAUUUAAACGUGUUCGAAGAACUAGUGCAAUAAAUUGGAGGCCUUUCAUAAACUCAAAAUUGAGAGCAGCUUCGACGUUUCAAGCGAUGGCCCAACCUCGUUCCCAGGGAAAGAGCGAAUACCCUGGCAACGAGGUUGGCGAAGGCCCUUCGUCGGGAAGUUAGUCGCCCUGCGCUUCCUGACAAAUGGCCUUCGCUCGAAACGUCGAAGUUCUGCUUGUAUUUUUCAGGUAGUUGUAUCUCUUGUUACUAUCGUCUCUACCCACACUUGCACAGACCGUUCGAGAAGAAAUCCCUGGUCACUGGCAUUCAUGAAACACAUACGAAAUGAAUAACUUACUGAUUUGAAUGGCACAACAACUAGUUAAUAGUUUUAACAAGUUUUCAACUACCAAAAGUCAAAACUUUAUUCAAAAUGUCUAUAUUUGGCAACGCGUAUUUCGAUAAAAUUGCACUGUUCUUAUAGCCAAUGUUUUGUCUAUGUCAGUUAGAUAUUGCACGCCUUUCGGUUAUUCUGAUAAAUAAACGAUCAUCUCCCAUUAGCUACUCCAGAGCUGUUUCUCUUCAUGGUACGCACUGGUUGUCAACAAGCAGAUCAAAUGUGGCAAAGCUCGAGCAUUGUUAGAAUGGAGGCGAAAAUUACGUAUCUGGAAUGCAUGGAGGACUUAUAUCUUACGUUCGAGAAGUGAUCGAGAAACAAGAGCACUAAAUGAAGAAAUGAAAGAACGUCAUAGGUGAAAUAACAUAUACUUUUUCCAAAUAAUAUACAUGUAUACAUUCAAAGUAUAUUCUCGUUCCUGAUUGGUCAACAAUCCCUGGCUAAUUUUCAAUAUCCGGUAGUUGCCACGUUAUUUCAGCCACUGAAGGAAACAGUGACAGUGUGCAAUAAUUAUCUUUUGGACCGAUCGACAGUCCAAAAAUAAUUAUUGCACGCUGUUGAGCCCAGGCGAGUGGUAUCUUGUUUUAAAAGGCCGCGAAAUUUUCAAAGCCGAAACAAAAUGAGUUGUAGUAUAUUCGCUUCUUUAAAUGACGAAGAACGUUCCAAGUUAUUGUCAGAAAAAACACAGUGACAGCACCAAAUAGGAAACGAAACAAUGCAAACCAUCUUCGACAAGUAUUUAUUAAUUUCUCUUCAAAAUUUUAUUUAUCCAAACACAAGAAAGAUAAUCUUAUGAAUUGUUUUCUUAUUAAACUAAACUACAGUAUGUGCAUUUAUGUCGAAUAGCUGUUUGAGUUAUAGAUAUAUUUAACAUUUUCCUACAGACUACCAGGAGAAAAUCCUCCUAUACCGAAUACUGCUUGAAUCGAUACAGAGAUGCUAGGCAUAUGCACUGACAAGUAUGCACCAAUUCCAUUAUCUUACGUCUCGCUGGUUUUCAUCACACUAUAUAUAACCAGUGUCUUUGCAUUUAUUCUCAGAAAAGAAGUGCUUGCUGACAGAUUUUACCGUCAAAUGCUGUUUCAUCGUUGUCUCACAGCUUGGUUAUCUUGGAUCGAGAAGGCAAAGGAAGAGAGAAUGCUUAAAGAGCAACAUGAUAAAAGAGCUGAGAAAAUGGUUACUCUAUUGAAAGCCGCUUCUUCUGGACAAUUGUGGCAAGAUAAGAAAAUUGAAGAAGAAAGUGAAUCUGAGCGUGAUGCUCAUGCUGUCGAAGAGCUGGUAAGAUCAGCCCAGCCCCCUUCCCCUACGCCUAUGUUUCGCAUGCUAGGAGUGUUUUAUUGCGUGUUACUCUCUUUAAAUAAAGACUCACUUCUCUCACUCACUUCUCUCAUUCUAAUUUGCAUGCUCAUUCAUGAGGACACAAUUGUUUGCCCAAGUUUGUGCUGUAUUUGCAAGUGCGUUAUAUUUUCAUGCAGGAGGAAAUUUCCUUGAAGCCGUUUAAACUUCAAGACCUCCCCCACGAGAGCAGAAGUUCGUCCGUUUCUUCACGAACCACGGGUAAGAAAGAAAACUCGCAAAGACAGGCCUGGUCUCAUCAAAGACUGAAAGAAAUGAAGAAUAGAAAACCAAAGAAAAAACAGAACGCACUGUUAGCGAACAUUGGCUCACUCACCAUACGGACAGAAAGUAGCACAACAACAAUUCAGAGUAAUGAUAGUCCUCAUUUUAAGGAUUCAACCACGCCUGAGAAAGUUAUCAGUCAGAAGGAAAGUAAGCAGGCGGUGUUACCUAGCUGCAAAAAUGUUAACUUGCAUCCUAAAGCUCCCCGAUCAAACGUUGUUCAAAGGAAUGAGACCGAUAAACCUGAACAAAAAUUUGUCGAUACUGAUAAGAUUUUUGCACAAGCGAAAAACGUUACAAGAGAUAGUGUUAGCACGAGAAUGCAAACCGUAGAGGGUAGUGAGCCACCACAGAGUACUCGUUCAACAUCUUCCGCUGGGAAUAAGUCGAAAUUAACUUCAAAGAAAACACCUACAAAAACAUUACAUUUAGGUAAGUGGGCAUACCUCAUCCAGUAGUUAAUGCUGUUGUUCUAGUUGUUGUUUUUGUUUCUGUUGUCGUUGUUGUUGCUGUUUUUGCUGUAAUCAGUAUUGGUGUUUUAUUAUAUUAGUUUUUAUUAUAUAGUAGAGGGUGCGAUUAUGGAAAAUAUCUCACUGUGUAUUUUUCAGUAUCUUCACUAGUGAAGAUAUCGAUCACGUGACUUUUUCCAAUUUGCUUUUGAGCGUGAAAUUUCACAACUUUUUGCUUGGGACUAUAUAAUAAACAGAACAUUACACGGUGGCUUGAAGAUAGGACUUUUAUCUUCUCGUAUUAAAAACAAUAUUUUACUCACUCGCUGCGCUCGUUCGUAAAAUAUUGUUUUCACCACUCGAAGAUAAAAUAUUAUCUAUAUAUAUUAAAUAUUAUCUCUAUAUAUAUUAAAUAUGUUUUUGUGUUAAUGGUGGUGAUGCUACAGAAUGGUUUCACGUUUCGCAAGAAUAGCAUUCCAUUGUGGUUUGAACGUAAAGCACAGGAUCCUCUUUCUUGUACCAUGUAAUUUUUGUUUAUCAUAAAAUAUCACCUUAUCUCAUUUAGCAAUGGAGGAGCGAGCAAAAGCAAGAGCGGACAGAAAAUCUCUCUUGGAUGCGAAAAAAAGAGCAGCUGAAGAGGAAAAAUUAGUAAGUGACUACACAUGCUAUUUUGCAAUGGCCGAAUUUCAUUGCGCUCGAAAUUCCCGAAAAUUGUGACCGGAGUAGAAUUUAAUUCAUACACGACAUGUUUUGAAGAUGAUUUAAAACAAAAAGAGCCUGCAACUGAGGUUCUCAAACCAUCGUCAUUCAAAGUGUUUCAUUACAAGGUGCACUUUUAGGAGGUAUUGAAAAAGUAAGCACCGAGCAAACUUGGAAACGUUAUUGCGGGGGAAACAAUGUUUCCCGAAAAUGGGCAAUCCAGGAUGAAAAUAAGCACCAGGGAUUUCACUUGUUUUUCUUUUCAGGCGAAGUUAAAACAACAACAGGAGGAAAAAGAAAGAGAAAUCCUUGCUGAAAAACAAGCUGCGUUGCAAAGAAAGAGAGAAGAAAUGAAACUAGCAAAACAGGUAAUACUGUAGAUAAUCUUAGACUCUGUUAAGGGACCUACAUCCUAUGUCAAGUUGUUCACAUGACGUGGUUUACUAAAUUAAAGUAUAAGUGGAUAGUGGAUAGCUCUAUAGUGGAUAGCUCUAUCAUCAGUAUGUAACUGUUCUGGUCUUAGGGCGCAAUGAAGGCCGUUCCCGACUACUAUUUUAGAAAGAGCCAAAACGAAUUAUUUAAGCUUACGUUGCGUUGCUUUUUGCGCCCGGAAUAUCGACUUCAGCCCUUAUUGGUCCAGCGAUUAUACUACAAGAAAAAACUUGCAGUAUUUGGCAGAGACAACUAGAAGCACUCUUCUUACAUUCAACCCAAUCAUGAGGAACACAAUCAAAAUAACUUUGAAACUACUAAAUACUGUGACUAUAUUUCAGCGUGAACUUGAGAAACAACAACGUCUUGACGAAAUAAGAGAAAUGUACAGAAAAGGGGAUGAACAUUAUCACAAAACUUUAUUGAAGAACUUUGGUUUUCUACCUUGGAAGAAAUUAAUACAGACUAGAGACGAAAUGAUGAACAAUGCUGAAAUACUUCAUAAGAGGAACUUACAAAGUGCAUGUUUUCGUGAGUGGCUGGUGUAUACAAGAUCAGAGUGUCAAAGACGUAAUCAACUUGCUGAUGACAUGCACAAAACUUUGCUUCUUCAUUCUGGAUUUCAGUCGUGGAAAAAGGUAAAAUUCUACCGUUUCAUUUGAAGACAUGUAUCGGGUAGUAUGAAUAGAAAACAACAGCAGCCGUUACGUUCGGAUUGAGCAGCCUCGUGGGGGCGAUUUCUUUUGAGAGGCUGUGACGUGUAAAUGGUUGAAAACGUUAAGAAGUAAUAUCAGAAGGUCUCUGUUGUCGUCCAUCAAUAGUGAUGAUUCACCACUUUAGUGUUCUUUUUUCUGAAGCUGAUUGACUUUUCUGAAGCUAAUUUUAUAUAAACAACUUCUCAAUGACUUGGACAUACUGAAUGGUAUGAAGAACUUUCCGUUACCGUUUGCUAGACAAUGUUACGACAAGUUGUGGUUUUUUAUACCAGUGCAUGUCAUCUGUAAUUUUUCACCAUUUUAAGUAUUUUGGCUGCAUCCUCAUGUUUCUCGCAACGAAUUCUCUUUGAUCAUCCCUAAAGCCCAUUUUCCACUAGACGAAUUUGUUCGCGCGAAGCGAAGAGAAAAACGAAUCUUGGAAUGUGAUCGGUCAGCGAAAAAAGUUGGAUCAGUUCCUACUUUUUUACUGUUCGCGCGAACAAAUUCGCCUAGUGGAAAAUGGGCUUAAAUAUAUGUCCGUUGGCGAGAAUAUAAAGAUACAAGCAGUAUUUAUUGUUCUUUUUAGUACCGUAACCAUUUGGCAAAAAUGGACAAAGUUGCGUUAGAAUUCUCGCGUCGUUACAUUGUCAAGAAAUACAUCAAAAUAUGGCAGGAUUUCGUAAUUGAAGAAAGAUUGUUGUACUGGAAUAAGGAGAACAUGGCUGAUGAACACAACGAUAAGUAUGUUUGUAAACGGAUGCUUCUUUCAUAUGGUACUGUUCCAGAAGCCGUUUCUAUGAAAACUCUAUACUAUUUCUAUCACUUCAGUAUCUCUUCGAUACCUCUCUCUCUCUCAAAGUCUUUCCUGAUGAAUUUUACAUUAAAUUAACAAUUCUGCUUGGCUGUUAUAAAUAUUUCACUAAGCGAUUGUUAACUGCUCAAUGCAAGUGAAGUUGCCCCAAUUUUCACUUUAUAUUUACUGAAACCGAGGGGAACAGCGUGUUUUGUGGCUCCGAGAAAAGCCGGUCAAUACUUGUUUCAUUGUUGACAGGUUGCUCCGUCACCAAAGCAUGCAGUGAACAUGACGUUUUGUGGACCGGCACGUGAUACGGUUUUGUACAAUCAGUAAGCAGGAAAAUUGAACUUUGACACUUGCUAUAUACUGUAAUAAUUAUAUUUGUUAUAUAGUUAAUGUCAAAGUUCAAUUUUUCUGUUUGCCGAUUGGUCAAAACCGUGUCACGUGCCGGUCCACAAAACGCCAUGUUCGGCAACCGGUCCGCAAUCAAACAUUUAUUGACCGGUCAAUAAUAAAAUGGGUGCAAUACGCAUGCGUGUCAACCAUGAAGUUCCAAAGUUAAUUUUUAAAACUUUUUACUAAACAUUUACGGCGUUCUAUUUAUCCAGUUCUGGUUUCAAAUUAAUUCACUCCAAUAACCGGUGAAUUAUUCAUACCUCUAGACCUCGGGAAAGUAGUGUGUUUUGUGGCCCCUCGACCGCCGUUGUUGCCCUCGGCUUCGCCUCGGGAAACAACGGCGGUCUCGGUCCACAAAACACACUGUUUCCCUCGGUCUCAGUAAAUAAGUGAUAAUUAUUACCUGUGUAGUCUUAAAUUCUUCAGAGAUUUGAGGCUCGUUCAAACGUGGCCAACAUGUUGGUCUAAUAUCAUCCAAAAUUGUUGGAUGUCAGUGGCCUCGUUUGAACACUUGGCUGGCAAUGAAUUUCUCUUUGACAAACUGUCCCAGACGUUGACACUUUUGUGUUACUGAUUGAGUAGAGCAGUAUUGGAUAUCAAAAUUGGAAUAAUGCAAUGCAUACACAUGUCAUAUCGUUUUAUAGACGGUUACUACGCAAGGCGAUGACAUACUGGAAGAAAUACAUUCCAUUAUUGAGAGAGCAAGAGAAACAUGAGAAAAGAAGGAAUGAUUUAAGGAAACAUGUUAUGUCGCUACUACCUGAUUUUCAAGCAUUACAUCACUCACCUUAAAUACGAUGAUAUCAGAAGGAAUAUAAAAGUAACACGCGCACCAAAACUGCUGGCACUUCAAUUAACAAAAGACAUUUGUCAAAACUGAAAUCGGCUUAGGCCUAUUUUAUACGUCGAAUUUCGGUCGCGUCGAAUGCAAUUCAAACAAUUGAUAAUGAAGCUUAAUGAGGUUUAUCAUCUCACUCUCUAUUGUCUUAAUUGCAUUCGACGCGACCAAAAUUCGACGUAUAAAAAGUCCUUAGUUGCGUUUGAAACAUCAUUUUAUGAUAUUUAUUCUGGGACUUAUUGUUACCUUAUUGUAUACAUAUAGGUAUACUACAAGAACUGCAACAUUUUUAUUUAAGAAUAUAAUUUUAUUCACACUUUGUGUAAAAAAUACAGAUCAAUAUUACGUGUACAGUUAAUAUAAAC